GGCCGCCAUUUUUCCUUUCUCCGCUUUAGAUCUCUUUCCUCUCAUCUCCGGUCUCACCCCCUCGACUAUCUGCAACCAUCCUGGUUUGCCUGUCGCUGACCGCCACCAUUGGCCUUUUGCCAGGUUUCGCAUUACGCUAACUGGCCUCGCCUAAUCUUUCCUGCGGUGGGGCGGCUCCCAGGGCCAAUUUAUGAGGUACUACCUGCCGCCGGCAAAGGAUUCAUCUCUAGCCCGCGCAUUCUGAAGAUGAACAUGCGUCCGGGAUUAUCUAGUGGACCGUUGGAUAGACGAUCAUGAACAACGACACGCGCCAAGCCUCCGGGCCCGGCAGCAAGUCCAAGCGGCGACUGACCGAUGUCGAGGAAAAUAGCAAGCAGAGUCCGGCUGCAGACGACUUUGCUUCCAAUCCCAAACGCCAACGAGUUUCCCGCGCCUGCGACAGUUGUCGCUCCAAGAAGGACAAAUGCGAUGGCAUUCAGCCGGUGUGUUCGACCUGCGCCUCGCUCUCGCGGCCCUGCACCUACAAGGCCAAUCCGAAGAAACGCGGCCUUCCGACCGGUUACAUACGCACACUCGAGUUAUUAUGGGGGUUAGUCUUCAACAAGAUACAAGGGAGUGAGGAGGUGGUACGGGCCUUGUUGAAGGCGGCCAAUAUUCCCAGUCAUCUGGCUACAAUGGGCAAGGAAGCGGAGGGAUCUGAUACAUUGUUGUCGUCGUGGAAAAACAGCAUCGUCCUGCGAGAGAUUGAGAGACUCUUGACCUUUCUGGAACAACCCGAGGAGGAGGGCAAUCGCUUGCCGGGGGAGAGUGAUUCCCCGCAGGAUGCCGAGGUGCUGUCAGCGGAUGUGCUUGAGUGGAAUCUGCCUGAAGUGCUCGGGGAUGGGCGCGAGGGUUCGUUGGCGGUGGUAUCUCCGAUCAAGACCCCGACCGCAGCAUCGACCGUCAGGAACGGCGGGGUGCGCAUCACGCGAGACUGUGCCACCCAAACCAUGGAAGACACAGGCUCGUUUGGUCGGUUGCAGCGCCCGCCCGAGGAUCCGGUUACUCUUCCGUCAAAUGCAUGGCCCUUGCUCGAUAUUUAUUUCUCUUAUACCCAAUGUUGGUUUCCUAUUCUUGAAAAGCACGAUAUCCUACGAACUGCUUUUCGCCAUAAUGAAGAUGAUGCCUCAGUCUCCGCCGGAUCUCGGGGGUCGGGGGAUCAUGCCGCUCUGUGGGCAGUCCUAACGCUGGCAUCGAUUCAAGAAGCCUCAAUAUCUGCUACCCGUCAACUGACCGACUUUUCCGACCGGUCCAAUCCGGCUCAGCUGUAUGCCACCGCCAGGAGCUUUAUCCCUGGCGAAGAGGGGACCCACGAGCUCGGCCACGUGCAAGCCCUGCUGAUUCUGUCCCUUGUGAAGCUCGGCCAGCAGGACUGGUCGGCUGCGUGGUUAUUGGUUGGCCAGGCCGUUCGCAUUUCCCAGAUCUUGGGCUUACACCAACCGCCCGUAGCGAAAGGCCUAGAGGGGAAGAGUUCACCACGGUCCAAGCAUGUUUUUCUGGGAUGUUUCAUUUUGGAGACCUUGGUUGCGAUGCAGACGGGGCAGGUGCCCUCGCUGCGCAAGGCCGACCUCAUCAAGAUCGGCCCGAUCAAUGAAGAUGGUCUGGAGGAAUGGCAUCCUUGGGAGGAUCAGACGGGGUUGCGCCCGGUAGAACCGUCGCGCGCCUUUCACCGCGGGCCUCUCCACGCGUUGAGCACGUUCAACCGGCUCACCUCGCUGAUGUGCAUUCUGAAUGACCUGUGCUGUUUGAAGCAGACGAGCCCGGCGCCUUUGGAGGCGCUGGAGAGGCAGCUCCAACUCUGGGUAUCGGCGCUUCCGAAGAGCUACCGGGUCGAUCUGCAGACCACGCCUGUGAAAGUGGCUUCCCCGCAUAUUUUUGGGCUGGAGAUGAUGUACGAGAGCGUGGUUGCGAACCUGAGUCUGCAGUUUGCAUUGCAGCGGAGCGACCGGAACUUGCCCGAGAUGCCGCUGAAGAAGCGUGCUACUGAGAGCUCGAAGCGAUUGCUCCAGUUGCUCCAGACGUACAUGGAGAAUUAUAGUCUGUCGGCGACUAGUCCCACUUUUGGGAUGAUGCUCACGAUUGGGAUGCCUGGAGAACGACAUGCUCUUCCGUUCGAACUAGACCCAGGCCUGAAGAGUAAACUGCAGUCUUUCUCUGCGCAUCUGGCGACGGUAUGGAAUGUGAAAGACAGGCCUACCGGUAUCUCGCCAGAGAAGACGUUGGAUUUGAUGUCGAUGGCAACGCCUGCCCGACCGAGAAGUCUUUCCAACCGAGAUGCGAGUUCUCUCAACGCUUUCUCUCAAGCUUCGUUGGAGCCGGCACGGCGGGUGAGCACGUUGGAGGAAAGUCGGCCCAGCAUCGCGACCCCAGACCCUCUCUUCAACACGUGGAUGAGGACGCCGACUGUUGAUGAGAAUGUAGCUCUAUCUAUCCCAACGCCUGCUCCAUCGUUGAAUAUCAACCAGGGGAGUGAGACAUCGCAUCCUCCCUCUCAACUCAAAGAAUCUGUUUCCCACAAUCCUCUUUCUCACCAUCCACGCACCUCAAUAUCCUCUUCCAAACCGAUGAACGGCACCCCGAUGAUGCCGGACCUGACCUCUCCUUUUCACCCUACGGGGCCACAGUAUACCCCGACAUACAGUGAUCCAAAUCUCAAUCUUGGGUCAUUUGUUGACAUUGAUGGAUAUGGACCGCCACGGCGGCCGCGGAUAGCACCCGACCUGGACGCGUUGUUUGACGAACUGGCGUCGCUAGAUGGGACCGAAAAGACGGACAACCAGCCGGAGUUUAUGCAGAACCUGGGGUUUGUGCCGGAGGCGGGGGUGCCGGAGCUAUAUUCGUACUCGAGCCAGGUGGAGCCGUUUCUCCUGGCGCAGACGCAACAACAGGUUCCGUGUGAGGUGCGACGGGAGUCGGAGAGCUCGAAUUCGAAGAGAUGACUUGCAGUAUCAACGACUGAUAUACGGACGACCGUGACCGGCCAGACAUGAUUGACGAUUGUACAUAUGCAUACUCGUCGAAGACGAUAGCACGAUGCAGCAUAGAUAGCAACAUCCAUCUAC